UUCUCCAACAAAAGAGAUAAUAAGAGAACACCAGCAAAACUAAAGACAACAAUGGCACAAUCAACUUCGCCUAAUCGUGUUUACCAAGACUUUGAACCCUUUUUUGAAUGGACGGAAGACGAAGCAAGUGCCACGGUCGUCAUAAUGCUACCAGGGUUCAUAAAGAAUCAACUGAGGGUGCAAGUGACCUCAACUGGUGUCCUAAGGAUCAAUGGUCAACGAGAGGUAGUUGAUAAUACAUGGCGUCGUUUUGCCAAAGAAUUCCCCAUUCCUUCAUAUUGUGACAGCAAUGAUGUGAGUGCCAAGUUUGAGCGUGGCAUGCUAUCAGUCAAGUUUCCUAAGCUCAUCACCCCUGCUAAGCCCCAACAAGAGGAAGUAAUCGCCACAAAACCGCCGCCACAAGAAGCUCCAUUGCCACCGCAGGGACGAACCGAGGCGCCACCACAAGUGGUUGAUCAGAAAAAACCAAUUAGUGAUGAGAAAAAGAAGAAUCAAACAAAGGAAAAAGGAGCACCUGAAAAUGUUGCUCGGAAGAAGAAGAGGACUAAUGGGGUAUUGGAGGCAGCACAAGUUAAAAGUGCCCCUGAAGCAAAGACACUAGCCAAGAUGACCCAAAGAUUGAAAACAAGGCUUUUAGAUUUCAAAUCAUGGGAUGAUGAGGAUGGUAACACAGGGCUUAAGAGGAGGAAGAUUUUGAUGAACAUUACUGUGGCCAUCUUAUUGGUCAUGGUACUUGGGGUGUAUGUCAAAAAUGCAUUAUUCAGGUCAUCAUCAUCUCAUCAGGAAGAACCAAAAUUCCAAGAGUUUUAAUUUAUUUCCAUAUGCUUAUGCAGUCAAUCUUGUAAAUGCAUAAAUUCAAUAAAGGAGUAAAACAACAGUUGAGUUCUGAUUGAA